AUUUUUCUAAAUGGCAGCGUUUUAGAGGUAUCGGAUUUUGAUAUAUCGCUGGGUGGUUGUGAUCUGGUUUUAAAAGUAAUAACAUAUGGGAUCUUCUGAAGCCAGCACACGUCGUCGAGUAAAGCUGUACAUGUUGAAUGAUGAACGACAAUGGGAUGAUAAGGGCACUGGUCACGUGUCAGCAUUGUAUACUGAGCAGGAGAACAUGGCCCUAGUAGUAAUUUCAGAGACAGAUGGGUCUUAUCUUCUUGAGUCAAAAAUACAGCCAGAUACAGCGUAUCAAAAGCAGCAAGAAACACUAAUUGUCUGGUCAGAAGGUGAAAAUAUGGAUUUAGCUCUAUCUUUCCAAGAAAAAGUUGGUUGUGAUGAUGUAUGGGAAAAAAUUUGUGCUGUACAAGGAAAGGAUCCAUCGGUAGAGAUUACCCAAGAGGUUGUUGACGAGUCAGAUGAUGUUGAUGACACAGAUGGGUAUACACCGACAAUGAUGCAAAGUAUUCAACCUCUUAGUCUUCCACCUUGUGAACUGAGCCGUCUUGAAGAAGUUGUUGACCUAGUUAGUCAAGCUGUCGCAUCACCUCCGAAACGCGAGCGAUUGGUGGCCUUUUUAGAGUCAACUAAUUAUCUCCAUCAGUUAGUCGAUGUCUUUCACAAAGCAGAAGAUCUGGAAGAUAUGGAAUCGUUGCAUCAUCUUUACGAAAUAAUGCGACAACUUAUAUUGGUAAACAAACAUAGCCUUUAUGAAAGUUUAUUCGCUGAUGAUAUGCUGUUGGAUGUGAUUGGUAUUUUGGAAUACAAUCCUUCUGGGCGCACUAAACAUCGUGAUUUUCUCAGAAAUAAGGCUACUUUCAAAGAAGUUUUGCCUUUGCAUAAUACAGAUUUAGUGACAAAAAUACAUCAAACAUAUCGCGUUCAGUACAUACAAGAUUGCUGUCUCCCACCUCCUUGUUUAUUCGACGAACACACUCUUUCCCAACUUAAAGCAUUUGUUUCUAUAAACAAGAUGGAGAUUAUUCGGGCUCUUCAAGAAGAUGAAGAGUUUAUGUGUCGACUUUUUACACGUUUGAAAGCGGCGGAUACAGAUCUAACUCAUCGCAGAGACCUAUCGCUCUUUGUAAAGGAAUUUUGUAAUAUUUCUAUCCAAACAGAUCAGAAAGAAAGUUUUCUAAGUUGUUUACUUCAACAUGGAGCACUAAGAACAGCUGAAGUACUCCUCGCAAUUGAUGAUAGAGAUAUAAAGUCAGCGGCUCUUGAAAUUCUCCAGGCAUUUAUUGAGCACCAGCCUUCUGUUGUGCGUGAAUAUGUCUUCAGAGAAACUGCUCCGUUCCGAAAAGACGAUGAAUUACUCAUUAAUCUUAUGAUAAGUCAAUUACUCACUGAUCCAGAUCCAGAACUUAGUGAUGCUUUCCUUUUGGGUUACAUGUUGCGCAUUCUUAUCGAUCCAGACAAUAUGAACAAUUCCGGUGUCCGUAGCGAAAAAACAGAUUUUCUCAGUUUUUUCUAUAAACGAUGCAUCAAUACACUUGUUCGUCCAUUAUUUGAUAAUACGUCAAAAGAUACACUGGAGAAGGAUGAUUAUCACACUGCAUUAGUUUUGAACCAUAUAAUUGAAUUGCUCACGUUUUGUAUUGAAACACAUACAUACCACAUGAAGAAUUACUGCUUUAAUCGUGAUCUUCUAAAACGUGUUCUCGUUUUAUUGCUAUCAUCUCAUAAAUUCCUUGUGCUAGCUGCUUUACGUCUUCUAAGACGUGUUGUUCAUAUGAAAGAAGAAUUUUAUAAUCGUUAUUUGAUCAAAAACAAUCUUUUUAAACCAGUUUUGAAGCUCUUCGUUUCCAACGGAUAUCGUUACAACCUUUUGGACUCAGCUAUUAUCGAACUUUUUGACUAUAUUCGCUCUGAAGAAAUAACUUCAUUAAUUACCCAUAUAAUAGAAAAUUAUUGGGAUAUUUUGAAAAAUAUAAAUUACGUACAAACGUUUACCGAUCUAAAACGAACAUACGAUCACAAUCAUCGUUCAGUUAGGACUGUUGUUGGAACUGUGACCCAGCAAGCGACAUUAGAUGUGCUUUCUUUGACUUCUACGCGUUUCCAACGUGAUGCACGUGCACUAGAAAUGGAAGAAGAACAAUGGUUUGAUCAGGAUGAAGAUGAGGAAGAGGAAGAAGAUGGAGAUAACCUAUUCCCACAACACUCGCCAACAUUGCUCAAUAGAACGACAAAUGCUUCUGCUAGUGCAAGUGAACCUACUGUUGGAAGUGGUUUGUCAAAUCUCCCUUCAUAUGGGCUACAUUCUGUAAUUACUACUUCGUCAGAUCUAUUGGGUAUUGUUACGUCUUCAGAUACGCAAUCUAGUUUGGUUUCUUUAUCAUCCUCGGUCGCACCAAGCAAUUCUAGUCUUGAUUCAUGUGCUAGUGUUCUGCCUCACCCACCCAGUUUUUCACCGAAAUCUGUGAUGGAUAAUUUAACUGACAAUUUAUGCAUACCUUCACGUUCAGGAUCUCUGUGCGAUAGACUUCGUGUACGUCCUCACACUGUUCUUUUGAAUGAUGAUAAUGAGUCUUCUGCAGCACGUCUUAAUUUUGGUCGUCAAACUCCUAUAGCAAUUCAUAUUAAAUCAUUGUGUAGAGAGAAAAUAGAAACAAUGAGUGAUGGAUUUGAAAUAAGUGGUCGAUUAAGUCCAUCUUUAUUAGCGUCAGAUACCAAUUUAUCAAGCGCCAGAAAUCCUAACCAUAUUGAUGAUAAUGAACAUAAAGAAAAUGUAACCGGUUCAAAUUCAAGUGAUGCACAAAACUCAUCAGUAUCAAGUUCCAUUAUGUCUGAUAUUUCCCAUAAAAUAAAGCGAAAUCAUAUCGAUCCUCCUGUUGAAAAUGAGGACUGCAAUUUAGUUCAGGUAAAACGUUUGAAAAAAUCUAGACAGUCAAGUAACAAGUCGUCAUCCCAAGAUUUUCACCUACACAAAGAAACAGUGAUCUUGGAAAACAGCUACUCUGACAAACUUCCUCAUGAGACAAAUAAUACAAAAUCAUUUGAGGUUAUAGAAGCUGAUCCAUUGUCUCCUAUUGGUUUGGUGGAUUAUUCAGAUGAAGAAAGUGAGGAAGAGGAACAAAUAAAAGACAAAAAUGACCAUAUUCAAUUUGAAGAAAAUCAAACAUCAAAUGAUGACGUUGAUGAGUCUCAUCACAACAUAUCGGAUGUUUCAUCCAGUCAAGUGGUGACAGAUGUAGUCUAAAAUUGUACAAAGUUAUUAAGCAUCCAUUCCUUACUUUUUACAAAACUGAUGAGACGUCGAAAUGAACCAUUUCUGUGCCUUUGUCUUACAACCUAAGGGAAUAUUUUUUUAACAAAAGUGAUUUCACCAAUUUUGUUAAAAUUAUCAACCAUCCAGGUUGAGAUGCUUAAGACAUUGGCUAUGCCAGUGGUUCUUCGUCAUUUCUCUUUUAAUUUCCAUCUUCAGUAAAUGCGCCAAAAUUCUAAUUUUUCCUGUCUAUUACCCAGCGCGCAUUUUGUACAUAGAAACAUUGUAUUGAUUGACUGGGGGAUCUAAAAAUAAUUUUAUGUAGAGAAAUGUUUGUAUAACCAAUAGGCAUUUGCCUUUUGUAAAUGCGCUUUGUUUAAUAAUGUUCAUUGUAGACACCUCAAAUUGUUUCAGAUUUUUUUUCAAUCCGUCAGUCGAAAUGAAUACAACAUAAUACAUUUCUUAAUACUUAAAUGAUAUGUAUAACGUCAGUCUGUGUUGAUAUGAUGAAUGGUCGCUCGUUUGUUUACGCAUACGUCUUUCUGGUUCCGGAUAAUUUUUCAUGCGCCCGUUAUUUCGUAUUCGGUAAACAGUUGAUUUAUUCA